GACGCUCGUUGUCGGUCACCACCCACGCUCAUAACUUAUUAAAAUGAUUUUAAAUCUCUUCAAAAAAAAUCAUUUUAGAUUUUCCUUCUAAAUUUCGGGUGGAAUGUUUACCUUUUUUACCGGUUUCCACUGCAGUUAUUAUCACCUUUCAAUCCACCAAUUAUAGAAAGCUGCCGGUUUGAAUCUGCAGUGUCAGAAUGAUAUGAUGAUGAUGACGCCUGCAUUUCUUCUUUCUAGAAACCUCCAAAUCCACCAAUCUCCGGACUCCGAAUUGCGCUUCGAUUUCGAAUUUCAAUGCAUUCGCUUUGAGGAGGAGAUCGGAAAAGGAAUGGCGAUCUCCGAUGCGGUUGUGGGGAAUCUGACGACGCUGUACCUCGCCGCGAUCGUCGCUAUGAAAGCGUACGCCUCCGUCACCGGCCGAAUCUACGGCGGAGCAUUUGUUUUGGCGGUUUCCACGGCCACCGUCGGUGCUCUGCUGGUCGCCAGCCUCACGUGGGACGUGUCGCGAAAGGCUUCGUACGCGCUAACGCGCCGCUGCCGUCACCGUCUCGGCCGCCGGCAGGGUGAUCUCGACGGGAAUGAGAUGUGUAGCGGCGGCAUCUGCUGGCACGGCGUCGCCGUCAAGUGCCCGGCGUCUCAGGUCCGUUUCCGGCUCCCGCAAACUUAGCCCCUCAACGGAUCGUAGAGAAUUUAAUGCGUUUCGGCAACUGUCACCUCAUAGCCAUUAAGAUAUGGUCCCC